AUGGAGUCAAGUCUUGAUGUAGAUAACGUAAUUAACAAGAAGUCUUCAUUUUCAACGUUAAAAGUUGAUAAGAGUGACAUCCUAUUUUGUGUUAAUAUAUCUUUCUUGAAGUUCUGUGUACAGUGUGUCCUUUUAUUCUAUUCCCUGUACAUUAUAUUGAAACACUUUUUUCCGUCUGUAUUCAAAAAAUUAAAUAACACCCUAGACAGUAAUACAUUAAAUUCCAUAAAAUAUGGACAAGGAUACGUAGACGACUUCAAAGAAAAAGGCAACACUGAAUUAAAAAAUGAAGACGGAGAUGUAUUUGAAGAUGCUCUUGAAGAAGUAUGUACAAGUGAUAAAGGAGUACAAACUGAUGGAAAUGGUAUUCCUGUGGAAGAAGCAACAAGUAAUGAUAAAGGAAAAGAAAAUGAAAAAGAAAAAGGUGAUAAUCAAAUUAAAGAAAGUGAACCAAAUGCUGCAAGUAUAAAUAAAAAUUAUAAUAUAGAAAAAAAUGCAGAUGUCAACAAUGAAGUCAAAGCACCAGAUUACAUCUCUACAGUGGAGGGAAAAGAACUGAAUAAAAAGGAAAACAGUGAUAGUAAUAAUAAGGAGGGUGAAAAACCUAAUAUCGUCCCAGAAAAUAACGAUACGGUAGUAAAUCUAGGGGGAGCACAUUUUUCGGAAAAAAGAGGAACCCACAUCAAUAACAUAGGAGGGAAGGAAGAAGAAUUGAAUAAAAACACAAAGGAUGAUAAAGAAAUAACAGAAGAUAAAGGAAAUACUAUCAAUAAAGCGCCAUAUAGUAUGUACGUCAAGAAUAGUACGAGUCAUGUGCAGAAAGCAGCAGAAGAGAGUACUAAGGAUGAACUGGGAGAAGGGGAGAAAAAUGUCGAUAAGAAGAAACCAAGUAAUUAUCCAAUAAAAAGUGAUGGACAGGUAAAUCAAAACGCAAGCACAAGUUAUAGCUUUAAAAGGGGUGCAGGUAGUUAUAAUAACAGAAGAAGAUAUAGUUCUAUUUCGCUAGAAAGUGUACAAGAAACGAAUGAAAGGGAAACGGAUAACUAUAAAUUUAAAGAAGGUAGAGAUGCCCAAUACAGAUCAACAAGUAGUUUGUCAAAAUUGGAUGAAAAAUAUGAGCAGGUAACAUUUCCAGAUAUGCGUAAAAUGGAAUUAGGCACAAGAAAAAUUAAAAAAGAAAUAGUAAAAGAGAAAAAGGAGGACGAAGCGAAGAAAGACGAAACGAUAAAAGACGAAACGAAGAAAGACGGAACGAUGAAAGAUGCACAGAUUAAAGGCGCAAGGAAAAGCGACCUAAAGACGGACGAGGAAAAAGAUCAAAAAAUGGGGAAGGAGGAAUUAAAAGAAGUAAGAAGGGCAAUAUCAUUAGAUACCAUUUAUAAAAGUGAUUUGGAAGGAAAGGAUGAAGAAAUGGAAAAUGAUAAAUCGGAUGAAUGGAAGAAGAACGAGUGGAAUAAUUGGCUAGCUAAAACUGAAGAGGAUUGGGAACUAUUUAAUAAAAGCGUUGAAGACAAAAAAAAUAGUUGGUUAGAAAAAGAGGAUGAAGAAUUGGAGGCGUGGAUAAAUAGUAUGAAGAAUAGGUGGAUGCAUUAUAGAGAAAAUGAAGAAAAUGAAUACAUAACGAGAGCCAUGAGGAAGUCUUCAAUAUGGGGCGACAGGCAAUGGGAACAAUGGAUUAGAACAGAGGGGAAAAGAGGCAUGGAAACAGAUUUGAAAAAAUGGCUAAAUGAUAAAGAGAGCUUUUUGAAUGAUUGGAUUUCUAAAGAAUGGACUCAGUGGAAAAACGAAAGAAUGCUUGAGUGGUUAGCAGUUGAUUGGAGACAUAAGGAGGAUGAGACUUUUGAGAAUUAUAAAUCAAGCAGAUUUACGAAUAUGCUACAUAUGAAGAACAGGAAAAAAUGGAUGAAAUGGAAAGAACGAACAGAUAAAGAAAAGGAAGAAUGGAAUAAUUGGGUAAGGGGGAAAGAACAUUUAUAUGUAAUCAAUAAAUGGGAUAAAUGGUUAAAAUGGAAAAGGGAGAAGCGCGCGUUGUAUAGUCAAAAGUUUAUGUCAUUCAUUAACGAAUGCAUAAAUAAGAAACAGUGGGUUGUAUGGAUUGAGGAUCAAAAAGAUUCAACUUUGAAGAAAAAGUAG